AAACAAAAUACUGUAACAGUAACAUAUACACACAACUACACCAAACAGAUAUACACAUAAAGUUAAAGAUAAAAUCUAAAGUGUACACAUCUUUACCGCUCUGUGUUUUCACUUUCCUCUCUUGCCGUCCCCAAUUUCUACACAUCUACGCAACCACACCUUUGGAUUCCUCACUCUCAAUCUGUGGUAGAGAUGCCGCCGGGAAGGGGGAGUGGUGUAUCUGAUGUGGAUGGAGUUCCGUAUUCGUUUGCUAUGGAGUACCAUGGCCCGCCUAUUGCUGGUAGGGAUCUUCCACGUGCGGUUCCGAUUAAGGUUGAUAGGAUUCCGGUGGCUUCGGUUGUUAGUCAGGUUGGUUUUCCUGAUAAGUUGUCACUGCCGGUUGUGCAGCCUAUAUCGGCUUCGGAUUUUGCUAUGAAGUAUUCGAAGGAGUUUAAGUUGGGGGCUAAAGUUGUGAUUUCGCCUGUAUCGGUGAUGGAGUUUGAGCAGAAAGAUGGGAGUGAUGAUGAUUGUGUAGCUAAAGAGAAAGAUGGUUUAAUAUCUGGAAUUAGUGUUUCUACGAAUGCAGUAAAAGUGUUGGAGGAAGCACGGGUAGGUUUGGGUGAUUUUGCUGUGUCGGGCGAAUUAAGUAGUUCAGGUACUUUGGAGUUGGGUGAUGGGCAGUAUGGAUCUAGUGAGUUUUCUGAUGUGAUAAAUAGUUCGACUGAGCUUGAGACACCCUCUAUUAGUCACUCAAUUGAUUUAUUAGCUGGAGGUGGAAGCUCGGGGACAUUGGGAUUUUCAGACAGCUUUGACCAGUCAAGAGAGCUAUCAGGGAGCUCAGCGGCACUCAGGGAUUCAAAUGGUUGCAAGGAGACCUUAGAUUUUAACGAUUUAAAUCAAUCAGGUUGGAUCUCUACAGAAUCAGAGCUCAGCUCAGCAUAUCCAUCUUCUCGGGUUUCUUCUCAUAAAACUGGUAAUUACGUCGACGAAACUACAUGUGAUGAAAGACACACCCCCGUUGUAACUUUUCGUGAUGUUGAAUCAGUAGAAGGAGAUAUUUCUGAGGAAUAUAGACAGAUUAAACCUGAUAUCGUUCGACUAAGGAGUGGAUCCGAGGUCAAAGUCAAGAAAGGAGCAUGUUACCGGUGCUUUAAAGGAUAUAGAUUUACAGAGAAGGAGGUCUGCAUUGUUUGUGAUGCAAAAUAUUGUAUCAAUUGUGUACUUCGAGCAAUGGGGUCUAUGCCUGAAGGAAGGAAAUGUGUUACUUGCAUUGGAUGCCCUAUUGACGAGUCAAAGCGUAGUAAAUUGGGUAAAUGCUCUCGGAUGAUGAAGCGAUUGCUUAAUGACCUAGAGGUUCAUCAAGUAAUGAAGUCAGAGAAAUUAUGCUCUGCGAAUCAAUUGCCAUCUGAAUAUGUCUGUGUUAAUGGGAAGCCUCUCUGCAGUGAAGAGCUGGUUAUACUACAAAACUGCCCCAGUCCCCCAAAAAAACUAAAGCCUGGAAAUUAUUGGUAUGAUAAAGUAUCUGGUCUUUGGGGAAAGGAAGGAGAGAAGCCUUCAAAAAUUAUCAGCCCUCAUUUGAACGUAGGCGGUCCAAUUAAUGUUGAUGCUAGCAAUGGAAACACAGGAGUUUAUAUCAAUGGCCGCGAGAUAACAAAAAUAGAGUUGCGAAUGUUGCAGCUUGCAGGAGUCCAAUGUGCUGGAAACCCACACUUUUGGGUGAAUGAUGAUGGUUCAUACCAAGAAGAGGGGCAAAAAAAUACGAAAGGUUAUAUUUGGGGAAAGGCUAGAACAAAACUUUUGUCUGCUGUACUAUCGCUGCCUGUUCCUUCUAAAUCCAUUCAUUCUUCGGGAGAGCAAGUGAGUAAUGUAACAAGUCAAAUAGUGCCCGACUACCUGGAGAAAGUAACAGUGCAGAAGCUACUUUUGAUUGGAUACAGUGGAUCUGGGACCAGUACCAUUUUUAAACAGGCCAAAAUCCUAUAUAGAGACAUUCCUUUUGGGGAGGAUGAACGUGAAAAUAUCAAAUUAUUGAUUCAAACUAAUGUCUAUGGGUAUCUUUGCAUAAUCCUUGAAGGCCGUGAACGUUUUGAAGAUGAAAGUUUGAAUGAUAUGAGGAAAGAUAAGCCUUUUGAGAUUUGUGGCAACGAAGGAGAUAAAGAAAACAAGAAUGAAUCUAUCUACUCGAUAUGCCCAAGGCUGAAAGCAUUCUCCGACUGGCUUCUCAAGAUAAUGGCAUCUGGAAAUUUGGAAGCCAUUUUUCCAGCUGCCACUCGGGAAUAUGCACCAAUAAUUGAAGAAUUGCUGAAAAGUGAAGCCUUGAAAGCUACAUACAGCCGGAGAAGUGAACUAGAAAUGCUCCCGAGCAUAGCUAGCUAUUUUCUGGAAAGGGCUGUUGAUAUAUUGCGAAUAGAUUAUAUACCUUCUGAUGUGGAUAUUUUGUACGCCGAGGGUGUGACUUCAUCAAAUGGGCUUGCUUGUGCGGACUUUGCAUUCCCCCUUCCAGCAUCUGAUGAUAGUUUUGACACAGUGGAUCAACAUGAUUCCCUGCUCAGGUUUCAACUAAUUAGAGUGCAAGCCAGAGGUGUUGCAGAAAAUUGUAAGUGGCUAGAAAUGUUUGAAGAUGUCCGAGUUGUCAUUUUCUGUGUCGCUUUGAGUGACUAUGACCAGUUUGGUACUGAUGGUGAUGGAGCUUUAGUGAACAAGAUGAUGUUGAGCAGGAAGUUAUUUGAAAGCAUUGUUACCCACCCAACAUUUGAUCAGAUGGAUUUUCUUCUCAUACUCAACAAAUGUGAUUUAUUUGAGGAAAAGAUAGAACAUAGCCCUUUGACUCAAUGUGAAUGGUUUGAUGAUUUCCAUCCGUUGAUUAGUAGUCAUCAUCGCUCAAACAACAGCUCGAGCAACAUUAACUAUAAUCCUUCCCUUGGUCAGCUGGCUUCCCACUAUGUUGCAGUUAAGUUCAAGAGGCUCUUCUCAUCUCUCACAGACCGAAAGUUAUACGUUUCAUUAGUCAAUGCGAUGGAACCAGAAAGUGUUGACGAAUCCCUUAAAUAUGCAAGGGAGAUUCUGAAGUGGGAUGAAGAGAGAGCCAACUUCAGCUUGAGCGAGAAUACAAUGUAUAGUACUGAGGCAAGUUCAUUUUCUCAGUGAAGUCAGUCAAUAGCAGCAGAGAUGGUUUGUAAAUGUCAACAUUUCAAAUUAUUAUCAAUGGCCGGAUAUUGUACAUAAGAAGGGCUUGUAAAUGAAAAGAGAAGUUUAGGCAGGAGCUGAUUCAUGUGAGAACUUGUCAUUUGAGAACGCGUAGUGGGGUUCUCGUGUGAUUGCAGCCUCAGGGUCUCGCUAUGGUGUUUGUACUAGUGAAUUAUGAAUUUUACAUAGAUCUUUAAUACUGUGCCACGUAAAGACUUCGAUCUAUUUCAAAUGUAACAUAUGAUAUGAAGAAGCAAUAUGAUUUUUGAAGA